AUGGGUGACUUCUCACCUCCCCCCUAUCAGCUCCUGUCCGAAGCAAUUAUAUUCUGGAGCGUCGCAAUCGUGCUAUACAUUGGCAGGAUGCAGUUGGUUUAUACAACGUUGCUGGUUCUGAUUCAAGUCUCCGCCCGCUAUGCGUCCAAUCUCUUCGAUCCGGCACAACAUGAUGAGAUCAUGUCCAACCCACAAGAAGUGCGUGAUCGUAUCUUUGGGAGCAAGAUCGUCAUUGGCCUCGAGCAGUGCAUGCUAUUCUCCACCUGGGGAGUCAAGAUCUGCAUGCUGACCAUGUUCUGGCGGCUCACCCAGAAUUUCCGGCUGCUGCGCAUGUAUGUCAACAUGAUAGCCGCAUUCAUUGCCGUCGGCUUCCUCGCUAUCAUGGUCACGUACUAUGCCGUCUACUGCCGGCCAUUCUCGCAGUACUGGGCCAUGCCGGUGCAGGACAUGCAAUGCGCGACCUACCAGAACUACUCCAUUACCCAAGCGAUCUUCAACGUCUCCUCCGAUGCUGCCAUGCUCGCGCUGCCAUUUCCUCUGCUGCGGAAGGCUCAGAUGAGGAGGGGGAAGAAAAUCAUGCUGGCGGGCGUCAUGAGCUUGGGGGUCUUCACCAUCGCCGCUGCGAUUCUCAACAAGGUCUUCAAUUUCGCUUCCCCCUUGACGACCACUUAUCAACUUUGGUAUAUACGGGAGGCGAGCACUGCAAUUUAUGUCGCAAAUAUGGUAUGUCUGUCGCCGCUGAUUCGGAGGGUGUUCAGCUCGAAAAUGUAUCAGAAGACGAACAGGGCGCAUGGCCAGCAUGCUCGUUGGCAUGGUAUAAAUCCUUCCAGCUCAUCGCGUUCCACGCAAAGCAGGAGAAACCCGGGACACUGGCAUCCGUUUCAUCUCUCUCCUGCCCCGAAAGGGAAGUUCGACCAGUGCACCACGAGUAUCAAAGGAAAGCCCGACGAGGAUAAUCUUGGUAACCGACGGGCCAGUGAGGAGGCUAUCAUAAGAACGACCGCUGGGUAUCCGAGCCGGGUCCUAGACCUGCAUAGAGUCCGUUCCUAUCGCUCUUAUGAGGUCGAAGGUCAAUACACGUUCGAGGAGGGAAUAGAGCUGAAGCAGAUCCAUAUGGUAGCGUGAAAUGCUAACGAGUUAUUUACAUCGCCUACCAGCCUCGAAUUCACUCUGACGCAACAGAACUGAGAAGCAUGAGGAUAUCAAAUUUGGGAUCAAGUAUUUAUCCAUCCCGGAUCCAGAACACCACGCAACGACGCCUCACGAAUCAGGUCUAUGUGCUAUGCGAAAGCAAAUCGCCACUCCCUCUGAAGUGUCCAUGGUCAGCUACCUUCUUGCGCCUCACAACAUCUAGCGGGAAAUCACGGUCUUCACUCGCAAAAAGUUGGUUGCGCGAUCUUGAAGAGGUACCUCAGAAACGCGGAACGAUAUCAGUACGGAUCAGAACCGCCUGCGGAACCGUUGGGCCCGAUCCACCACGAAGCCACCCGAUGCGAGGAGCCCGAGCGUUGC